CCCAGUCCCAGAUGUUCUCCCCCCUCCAAUGCCGGUGGUAGAAAAACAGUUCAAAGGAUUUUGACAGCAUGCAUGGUCUCCUUCUGCAGCCUCCUGGGAGCCAUUUCUUUUGAUUUGAGCAACAGCUUGGAAAUAUGGAGAAACACAGGGAAAGCCCUUCAGGAACUUGCCUCUUGUGAAAACCUUUGGGCUGUUCACCUCAUCUAUCUCCUGCAGGAAGAAAGGCACAACUGGCUGUUCCCAGCAGCGGACGAGAGGAACAGAUCAUUUCAUGCUCAGCUCUUGGGGAAUUUAAAUUCCCUCUGUAGGGCAAGUGAAGCAGAACUGUAUUGUGAGAAUUGCCAAUGCAAAAAGGAGAAAAUCUCCGUUUGUAGGUUUUACAUCACUGACAUGAGACGAAGACUAAAUAGCACAGGGGAUACUGACGCCACACAGGUGCUGUCCAGAGUGAUCUCUGAACUGCUGGAGCAUUUCAGUAGUCCCCAUCAAGACCUCAAAGCUAUGAGAUACAAUCCUGACUGGGCACACAUAGUAGCUUUUAAACUCAUCCUUCAAAUAAGAGAAGCCUUGCUUAAAGCUCAUUUGAUGCCAGAAGCUACAAACUUUCAAACAGUACUGCAUCAGUUUUUUGCCAUUCUGAACUAUGCUAUCUUCUCAUCAGAGAGCGUACGUCAGUGCUGGAUGGAUAACGUCAAUCUGUCACUUCAUUUCACCCACUACGAAGGAAUCCCUUUUUUCAUCCCAUUCGUGGGCUCUUAUGAAUUUGUGUCCACUACCACAUUGGUAAAGGGACUGCAUUAUGCACAGAUCUGCCUACUGCAGAAGGGACAGGAAAUUCUCCUCAAGAAAUCUAAAGAAACAGUCUCCACAAUGAGCCUUAAGAUCAGUCUGUUAGUGAUAGCUUGCCUCAUAUAUCCCAUAAUCCUGAUGUCCUUUAAGCAAAUGACAGAUUGGAUACACAAUUAUGCCAGGAACCUCAAGGAAAAGACAGAGGACUUGAAAAGGGAGAGGCAGCUAGCUGAGGACCUCUUACACCAGAUGUUGCCAAAAUCUGUGGCCAAGCAGCUACGGAAACACCAGAAAGUUGAGGCAGAAAACUACGACCAGGUGACCAUCUUUUUCUCAGACAUCGUGGGGUUCACAAGCAUCGCUGCCUCCUGUACUCCCCUGCAAGUUGUUGAGAUGCUCAACAAUCUCUAUGUCUGCUUUGACAGCAGGAUUGAGUCUUAUGAUGUUUACAAGGUGGAAACCAUUGGUGAUGCCUAUAUGGUGGUGAGUGGCUUGCCAGAGAGGAAUGGCACCAAACAUGCUGAUGAGAUUGCCAAAAUGUCUCUGGAUCUGGUGGCAGCAGUUCGCCAGGUCAUGAUCCCUCACAUGCCAACGUGCAGACUGCAGCUGCGGGCUGGGAUACACACAGGACCCUGUGUAGCUGGAGUUGUGGGGUACAAAAUGCCUCGAUACUGUCUUUUUGGGGACACUGUAAACACAGCAUCCCGCAUGGAGUCCACCAGCUUGCCGCAGAAGAUCCAUAUCAGUUCUGCUACAUAUGAUGCCCUUCUCGCAGAUGAUGCCUAUGAAAUUGAACUGAGAGGAGAAAUUGAAGUCAAGGUAACAGCUUUUCUCUAA